GGAAGUGACGUCACUCGAAUUGAGAUCGCUUCCCGUGUGUAGUUGAGGGAAAGAAAGCUUUGCUUCUGGUUUAAGAAAGAGGGAUACGGAACGUAGUAAAGCUUAGCAGUCACGUUGCUUCGAGAGAUAUAAACUUGGAGUCAUGGUGGACGAAUAGUCAACUUCAGGUUGUGUGGGCAGCACUGACCAUUCUUUAGAGAUUCUGCUUUUUCUAGUACAAAAAAUGUCUGUGGAUAUGAAUAGUCAGGGGUCAGACAGCAAUGAUGAGGACUAUGACCCUGGUUGUGAGGAGGAAGAGGAUGAAGGCCCUGACAUGGAUGAUUAUUAUGCUGAUGUUGCAAAUGAUGUGGAGCAGCAGCCAGCUGAUGACUUUGACCCUGAGGAGUAUCACUUCACUUGCUUGACCUAUAAGGAGUCUGAGAGUGUCCUGAAUGAUCAUGUGACCAAUGUGGCAUCAGUGCUUCAGGUUUCAAAUUCAGUAGCUAAACUUGUAUUAGUUCAGUACCAUUGGCAAGUUUCAGAUAUUCUGGAAAUACAUAAAGCCAAUAAUGCACAGCUUCUUAUAGAAGCCAAAGUACAACCCAGCACACCCAGAACUGCAGUGGUGCACUGUGUCCAUCAUUGUGGUGUAUGUAUGCAAAGUGUACGGAAGGAAAGCCUACUUUGUCUGGCAUGCCAGCACAACUUCUGUCGCAGCUGCUGGGAGCAGCACAGUACUGUGCUUGUCAGAGAUGGCGUGGGAGUAGGAAUUUCCUGCAUGGCUCAAGACUGCCCACUCCGAACUCCCGAAGAUGUUAUUCUUCCUUUGUUACCUAAUGAGGAACUGAGAGAGAAAUACCGACGCUACCUCUUCCGAGACUAUGUGGAGAGCCAUUUUCAGCUUCAGUUGUGUCCUGGUGCAGACUGUCCUAUGGUCAUCAAGGUACAGGAGCCCAAGGCCAGAAGAGUACAGUGCAGUAGGUGCAGUGAAGUGUUCUGUUUUAAAUGUCGUCAGAUGUACCAUGCACCAACAGACUGUGCUACAAUAAAGAAAUGGCUAACAAAAUGUGCUGAUGAUUCUGAAACAGCAAACUACAUCAGUGCACACACUAAAGAUUGUCCCAAGUGCAAUAUCUGUAUAGAGAAGAAUGGAGGCUGUAAUCACAUGCAAUGCUCAAAGUGUAAGCAUGAUUUCUGCUGGAUGUGUUUAGGGGACUGGAAGACACAUGGUAGUGAGUACUAUGAGUGCAGUCGGUACAAAGAGAAUCCUGAUAUCGUAAACCAGAGCCAGCAAGCCCAGGCCAGAGAAGCACUGAAGAAGUACCUGUUCUACUUUGAAAGGUGGGAGAAUCACAACAAAAGCUUGCAACUGGAAGCACAAACAUAUCAGCGAAUUCAGGAAAAAAUCCAGGAACGGGUAAUGAAUAAUUUAGGGACGUGGAUUGACUGGCAGUAUCUGCAGAAUGCAGCAAAGUUAUUGGCCAAGUGUCGAUAUACAUUACAGUAUACAUAUCCUUAUGCAUAUUACAUGGAGUCUGGACCCAGGAAGAAGCUGUUUGAAUACCAACAGGCACAGCUUGAGGCUGAAAUUGAAAACCUGUCCUGGAAGGUGGAACGGGCAGACAGCUAUGACAGAGGGGAUUUAGAAAACCAAAUGCAUAUUGCAGAACAGAGGAGACGUACCCUACUGAAGGAUUUCCAUGACACAUGAGUGGAAGUGGUGUUGGAAGUGAUAAGUGAGGCAGCAGAUUACAAAACGAGUACUGGCUCAGGAGUGAGAGAGGGGAAAGAGCAACACAGACAAGAUGCCCACAUGAACUUUAAAAUUUCCUCCUCCAUCUUUUCUUUUAACGUUUACGUUAAAGAAUUUUUCUUUUGCUUUUCUUUGCUGCAGGAGUAGAGGCCAGACUCCAAAGAAGCUGCUUUUUACUUUGAGACCUCUGUCCAUUUUUGGAAAGGUUUCAUUUCUGAAUGGCUGUUUUAUUAGUAUUAGACCAUUAAAAGUUCAUGUCAUUUUUGAACAUUGUACAACUAUACAAAAAACAAAAUGGCAUCCCUCUCUUUUUACGGACUGUAAAAUUUUAGAGACAUUUGAUCAGGAUCUUAUCCUCCAGAAGUCUGAAUUCUUCAAACUUUUCAGGCAAAAUACUAAACUUUUUUUUUUUAAUCAAGGGAUAUGCUACACAAAACAUUGCACUAAAAAGCGGAUCCCUAAAUUCUGGUGGGCUUUAAAAUGUGUGACAGGGCUUGCAUUUAUUAGCAGCACUCAUUUUAAAAGGAUCCCCAAUACAGAGUAGCAUUUUUAAUAGACUAUUUUUCGUUGUUGAUUUCCACAGGUAUGUUGUAAUUUUAUUAAAUAAAAAGUAUGGCAAACAUUGCAUCUUUUA